CGUCUUCCUCCAUUCUUCAGAUGCAGCAGCAUCAAGCUUCGCUUUUAUCUCUCUAAAACUAAUAAGAAAUGCCUUCUAUCCCCGAUUCAAACCUACAUUCUCAUCCCUCUCCACCUCAAUUGAACGACGCAUCAGCCGAAACUCGUCUCCGAGAGGCCGAGGAACGUCUCCGGGAAGCAAUAGAGGAGCUCCAGCGCCGUCAGCGUCGCGUCCGGAGACUCCAACCUCCUUGCGACCAUGCGGAUGAGUCCUGUGUUGCCAACGCUAUUGGUAACCUCUGUCAGAGCUUUCUACUUUCAUAUGGCGUUCGCGUCGGAGUCGGAAUUCUUCUCCGAGCUUUCAAACUCGCUCGUGGACAGUCUUAUUCUUCCCUUCUUGAUCUCAAGCAAUUGGUAUCAGAGAAAGAUUUAAUAGUGAGAGAGGAAGCAUGUAGAAUUGGAUUACUAUUUGGAGGAUUCACUGGAUCUUAUCAUGCCCUUAGAUGUUUGUUGAGAAAGUGGAGAAAGAGAGAGACACCUUUCAAUGCAAUUUUAGCAGGUUCGGUCGCAGGUUUAUCUAUUUUGGCACUUGACGAUUCCAAUAGGAGACGUACACUGGCCUUAUAUCUUUUAGCUAGGGUUGCCCAGUCUGCAUACAACUCUGCAAAAUCAAAGAACAAGUUUCACUUCUGGGGAAGCCAUUGGCGACAUGGGGAUGCUUUGCUUUUUGGUUUAUCGUGUGCCCAGGUCAUGUAUGCUUUUGUAAUGCGUCCAGAGAGUUUGCCAAAAGCUUAUCAAGAUUUCAUUCAGAAAACUGGACCAGUUGCGAAGCCAGUGUAUAAGGCCGUGAGAGAUUGCUGUAGAGGUCUUCCUAUAGAUGUUGAUUCUCUCUCGGCUUAUCUAUCUAGUACUAGGAAUACUAACCCUGCAAAGCUGGAAAAUUUCCCAUCUAUUAUCCCUUGUUCGAUGAUUCACCCGCACACAACUUCCUGCCUGGCUCAUAAUGCAAAGGCCACAUCAUCAACUUUCAGAAAAACAUUUCCCCUUUAUUUCUCCUUAACUUUUGUACCAUUUGUUGUUCUUCACCUGCAGAAGUUCAUGGAUGCUCCGGUCCAGACCAGUUUGUAUGCUGUUAAAGGAGCCGUUCGUUCGACUAGUUUCUUAUCUGCUUUUGUAGGAAUAUUUCAGGGAGUGAUAUGUUCGCAUAGAAAGGUAGCAUCAAAUGAUCACAAGCUUGUCUACUGGCUUGCGGGUGGAAUGGCUGGCCUUUCGGUUCUACUGGAGAAGAAAUCCAGACGUGGUGAACUUGCCUUGUAUGUUCUUCCACGAGCAUGUGAUUCUUGGUGGUAUAUAUUAGUCAACCGCCACUUGCUUCCCAAUGUCAAGAAUGCCGAGGUGGCUUUGUUCUGUGCAUGUAUGGGAGCAGUAAUGUAUUAUUUGGAACAUGAACCGGAUACAAUGGCUCCGUUUCUGAGGGGGCUGAUUAGGCGUUUCCUUGCAAGCAGAAUCAACAAUCCAGGGCCACCUUCUAAUAGGAAUGCUUCUUAUAACUAUCUACAAGCUCUCGACGCUAUAAACACCCCUGAUUUGCCCACAGAUAACAGAGGGGCAGGUUCGGAAACGUACAAUCUUGAAUCUAUACAGGGGCUGUGAAGAAGAAUUAAUUUAUAAUGGAAUUUGGUUUUCUCAUAUUUCUCUCAUUGGGUUGAGUUCACAUUAUAUUAAAGUUCAUAUAUAUAUAGACACUAUAUUUGUAAGAAGAUUGAACUCAUUGAAGGGAUAUUUUUGGUUACUACUUUUGUCAAAGUAGAGAUACUAUAUAUAUGUUGGGGACCAAUUGGGUGUGGGUUCCUUGGGCAUAAGAGUUUAAAUAAAUUGAAGUUUCGGUUAGCUCAGUUGAAGAUCGUAAGGCUUGUGGUUACAAGGUCUCGGGUUUGAGCUUUUCAGAACAUAGUUUAUAAAUAACAAUUCCUGCAUCUUCUCUUUGAGUGGUGUUUUUCAAUAGUUGAAGAUA